AUGGCGCCCCCUAUUAGGUUAAGGAGAUGGGCCGACAUGCUGGUGGUGGCACCACUCAGCGCAAAUACUCUAGCCAAGGUAGUCCACGGCAUGUCCGACAACCUCCUUACUUCCGUCAUCCGCGCCUGGGACACCGACAGCAGCAUCGAUAUGAAGAAGAAGGUCAUCCUCGUCGCGCCAGCCAUGAACUCGGCCAUGUGGAGAAACCCCGUCACGGAAAAGCAGAUUCGAGUGCUCACGGACGACUGGGGCGUCAAGGAGGAGGUAACGGGCCCCGCCGGGGAAGCACGCUCGAUUAUCGGCUGGUUCAAGGUUAUCACGCCCAUCAGCAAAACACUCGCCUGCGGCGACACCGGAGGGGCCAUGGCAUCAGUCCCGUCCAUUUGCGAGGCUAUCGAGAGGGAUUUGCAGCUCAACGCCGAGGGCUGA